GCCGUGGUUUGUACAAGCGUGUCAAGCUUCAGUGUGGUGGGCUGCGGGCUGUGCCGGGUGCGCAGAGACCGUGCGCUCCUAGCGGCCGCGCUGUUGAAACCCGAAGGCAGAGCGAGAGGAGGACGUUGAACUGUAGUAUGACUGUACAUUUACUGCGCUAUAUUCCAGGCUAAGCACAUGGGUCUGUUGGGAGCUGGUUCCCGGUGUAACAAAACAACUUUUUGGGAAUGUGUAAAAGCUGACUGCUGGUUUCCAGUUAGACUGUCACUGGUUGAACUAUGGAGAUAUCGCUGAAGAUUUGAAAGGUGCCAGAGACGCGUCUCAAGGAACCCGAGGACCUGCGGAGAAGUGCAGAUCCUAGACGUUUUGCUUCCCAGUGUGGACUUAAAUUUCUGUUCCCCUUAGACUCUGGUAGUUCAUCUUGGGAACAUAGCAGAAGCUGCGGAUCAACUCCAUACAGGGCUGAUACUCAGAGACCGAGAGUUUGGAUUGAAGGUUUGCUGGAUACUUACACCCCGAGCAGCUCCGGGUGAACUGCUGGUAAAUGGAUCCUCUCUGUUUUUGGACAUUGAAACUGGCUUUUGUCAGUAAGUAGGACCCGUCCACUACUCCCAGAACCACGGAAUAGACUUGACUGUCAUUUUGGACAUAUUUUCCUCCAGUGAAAUCGAGGAUUUGCGCGCCCGCCGUGGAUGUUUAAUAUGCUAGAAUGGGUCCGCUAGCGUUCAUCCUUGUUAGUGGAUUAUUGUAUAUUCAAGUUGAUGGAUCCCGUCUGCGCCAGGAGGACUCCCCACCCCGGAUUGUGGAGCACCCCUCUGACCUGAUUGUAUCCAAAGGGGAGCCCGCCACUCUCAACUGUAAAGCAGAGGGGCGGCCCACCCCAACAGUGGAGUGGUACAAGGAUGGAGAGCGGGUGGAAACCGACAAAGAUGACCCACGUUCUCACCGCAUGCUGCUGCCCAGCGGCUCGCUUUUCUUCCUUCGCAUCGUUCAUGGACGACGGAGCAAACCGGAUGAGGGAGCCUACGUCUGCGUGGCCCGGAACUACCUGGGAGAAGCUGUCAGCCGCAAUGCAUCUUUGGAAGUAGCAUUGCUGCGAGAUGACUUCAGACAAAACCCUACAGACGUGGUGGUGGCAGCAGGAGAGCCAGCGAUCCUUGAGUGCGUCCCUCCCAGAGGUCACCCCGAACCCACCAUCUACUGGAAGAAGGACAAAGUGCGAAUCGACGACAAGGAUGACAGGAUCACCAUUCGAGGAGGAAAGCUGAUGAUCUCCAACACUAGAAAGAGUGACGCUGGCAUGUACAUCUGUGUGGGAACCAACAUGGUCGGAGAAAGGGACAGCGAGACGGCACAAGUUACAGUGUUUGAGCGACCAACCUUCCUCCGGAGGCCCAUCAACCAGGUGGUGCUGGAAGAGGAGACGGUGGAGUUCCGCUGCCAGGUACAAGGAGACCCCCAACCCAAUGUACGCUGGAGGAAAGACGACAUUGAUGUUCCUCGUGGGAGAUAUGAGAUCAAGUACGACAAGGAAGACUAUGUUCUGAGAGUGAAAAAGGCUUCUGUUAAUGACGAAGGCACGUUCACCUGUGUGGCGGAAAACCGUGUGGGCAAGCUGGAGGCCUCAGCCACUCUCACAGUCAGAGCUCGCCCUGUCGCUGCCCCCCAGUUUGUCAUUCGUCCAAGAGACCAAAUUGUGUCACAAGGCCGCACUGCCACCUUCCCUUGUGAAACCAAAGGAAAUCCUCAGCCUGCUGUCUUCUGGCAGAAGGAGGGAGGUCAGAAUUUGCUUUUUCCCAACCAACCCCAGCAGCCCAACAGUCGCUUUUCGGUGUCACCCAGCGGAGACCUCACCAUCUCAUCUGUGCAGCGGGCAGAUGCUGGUUACUAUAUUUGCCAGGCCCUGACCGUUGCAGGCAGCAUUCUCGCCAAGGCUCAACUGGAGGUCACAGAUGUGCUCACAGACAGACCUCCUCCCAUUAUUCGGCAAGGUCCAUCCAAUCAGACACUCGGGGUGGACAGUGUGGCGCUGUUGAAGUGUCAGGCGUCAGGAGACCCCAUCCCCUCCAUCAGCUGGCUGAAGGAUGGGGUCAGUCUGCUGGGAAAGGACCCACGCAUGUCCUUGCAGGAGCUGGGCAGCUUGCAAAUCAAAAACAUCAAGCUGUCAGAUUCUGGGAUCUACACAUGUGUGGCCACCAGUUCCAGUGGUGAAACAUCAUGGAGCGCUUUCUUGGAAGUCAAAGAAUCAGGUGGAGUGAUGGUUAUAAAGAACCAUGAUGAGAACGAGCUUCCAGGCCCUCCGUCUAAACCUCAAGUCACUGAUGUCACAAAGAACAGUGUGUCCUUAUCCUGGCAGUCUGGAAUGGCUGGAACAUCUCCCAUCUCCUCCUUUGUCAUUGAGGCAUUUAGUCAAUCAGUAAGCAACAGCUGGCAAACAGUGGCAGAUCAUGUGAAAACCACACAGUUUACUGUCAAAGGCCUCCGUCCCAACACCAUCUACCUGUUCAUGGUUCGAGCAGCCAACAGCCAGGGCUUGAGCGAUCCAAGCCCCAUGUCCGAUCCUGUCAGAACACAAGAUAUCAGCCCGCCGGCUCAAGGGGUCGACCACAGACACGUACAAAAGGAGCUCGGCGAGGUCAUAGUUCGGUUGCACAACCCGGUUGUCUUGAGUCCCACAACCAUUCAGGUCACAUGGACAGUGGAUCGUCAGUCUCAGUUCAUUCAGGGCUACAGAGUUCUGUACAGGCAGACAUCAGGGCUGCCUUCACCAGGACCAUGGCAGACGCAGGAUGUGAAGGUCCCCUCUGAGCGCAGCGUGAUCCUCUCCGCACUCAAGAAGGGAAUUGUUUAUGAGAUCAAGGUCCGGCCUUACUUCAACGAGUUCCAAGGCAUGGACAGUGAAUCCAGGACGGCACGGACCACUGAAGAAGCUCCCAGUGCCCCUCCUCAGCAGGUAACAGUCCUGACCGUGGGAAACCAGAACAGUACUUCCAUUAGCAUCUCCUGGGACCCUCCUCCGCCAGACCACCAGAACGGCAUCAUUCAAGAGUACAAGAUCUGGUGUCUGGGGAACGAGACACGUUUCCAUGUAAAUAAGACGGUGGAUGCAGCCAUACGCUCGGUGGUGGUGGGUGGGCUGCAGGUGGGAGUGGUGUACCAUGUGGAAGUGGCUGCCAGCACAAGCGCAGGGGUUGGAGUGAAGAGUGAACCUCAGCCUAUUAUCAUUGGUAAAGAGUUCCGGGACGUGAUUAUACAUGGAAACCGGAACAACAGCAUCACAGAGCAGAUAACUGAUGUGGUGAAGCAGCCUGCUUUUAUUGCCGGGAUCGGAGGGGCUUGUUGGGUCAUCCUCAUGGGUUUCAGCAUCUGGCUGUACUGGAGGAGAAAGAAGAGAAAGGGCCUGAGCAACUAUGCAGUUCAGUCCUUCACCUUCACCCCUGCAGUGACAUUCCAGAGAGUUGAUGGGGGUCUGAUGAGCAAUGGAAGUCGGCCAGGCCUGCUGAAUGCCAGUGACCCAGGCUACCCCUGGUUAGCGGACUCUUGGCCAGCGACCAGCCUGCCUGUCAACAGCAGCUCCGGGGGACCGAAUGAUCUGACUAACUUUGGUCGAGGAGAUCUACCCACCGGACAAGGGGAUAAAACAGGCACCAUGCUCUCUGAUGGAGCCAUCUACAGCAGCAUCGACUUCACCACCAAAGCGAACUACAACAGCCCUGGUCAAACAUCCCAGGCCACUCCCUAUGCCACCACUCAGAUUCUCCACUCCAGCAGCAUCCAUGAGCUGGCUGUGGACCUGCCUGAGGCCCAGUGGAAGGCAUCACUCCAGGCCAAGCAGGAGAUGGCCAGCCUGGGCUACUCCCUGCCCGACAAAAACUCCUGCAACAACACCCUCCUUUUCAUUCCUGACUACCGAUUGGCCGAGGGAUUGUCUAAUAGAAUACCACACAACCAAUCACAAGAUUUCAGCACCACCAGCUCUCACAACAGCUCAGAGCGAAGCGGCAGUCUCUCAGGUGGAAAGGGAGGAAAGAAGAAGAAAACUAAGGCUGGCUCCAAACCUGCGAAAGCCAAUGGGUCCAACUGGGCCAAUGUUCCCCUGCCCCCUCCCCCAGUUCACCCCCUCCCCGGCACUGAGAUGGACCAUUAUCCAAACGAGCACCAUGAAGGAGGAGGGUAUGACAGUGACGGUUGGGGCCCGCCCAUGCCUGUGCAGACGUAUCUUCACCAGGGCAUGGAGGAUGAGCUGGAGGAAGAGGAGGAGAGGGUUCCCACUCCGCCCAUCCGAGGGGUGGCCUCUUCUCCAGCUGCUGUGUCCUUUGGGCAGCAGUCCACAGCGACUCUAACCCCCUCUCCUCGAGAUGAGAUGCAGCCCAUGCUCCAGGCACAUUUAGAUGAGCUGACCAGAGCGUACCAACUGGACAUGGCAAAGCAGACAUGGCACAUGCAGGGAGGUUCCCUUCCUCCUCAGGCUCCAGCUCCUCCAGUGGGCUACGUGUCGAGCACAAUGGUUUCCGACCUGGAGACUGACCUGCCUGAUGAUGAGGAGGAGGAGGACGAUGAGGAGGAGGAUGAAGGCUACGGAGCCAGGCAUCCCCGCGGUAUUGAGCACACACCAGGGUCUAGCAUGGACAACCUGGACAGCUCUUUAACAGGUAAAGGCUUGUCCCACAGGCCCCGGCCCAGCAGUCCAUUUUCAACAGAUGGCAGCACAGUCGGCACGCACAGUUUGGGCCACCAGAGGGCCACCAGACCCACACGCAAACCCCGAAGUCAGGGCACAACACCCCACCGGAGAGACGCUGGUGCAGACGACCUACCUCCUCCCCCUGAGCCUCCUCCCUGUCAGGGACAGGGCCGUAUCCAGGGGGCUCGCAGUGUAAGCAGCAUGGUACCCCCCACAGAUAGGAAAGCUUCUUCUCUGGAGCGCCCGCCUAUGUCAGGACCCCUGUGUGGGCCGGACGACGUGAAGAGCUCCAUUGACAGGCAGACACGCACUUCUCUGGAUCAUCAUCGCCAGGCUCAAGACAGACUGGGCUCCAUGGACCGAGCUGAUGAUGGGCGCAGGGGACACAAAACAGAGGAAGGGUGUGUGCCGUACAGUAAGCCAUCGUUCCCAUCCCCUGGUGGCCACAGUUCCUCCGGCACAGCCUCCUCCAAGGGCUCGACGGGGCCACGCAAGACCGAGGGUCCACGACAACCACAACAGUGGACUGCUACAGAGCACGCUGAAUUCCUGGGGACCAACGGACAAGGACAAUACUCAGGAGAGUUAUAGUGAUCUGCCUGGGAUGUGAACUGGAGAAAGCUGGGCCCGUCCUUGGAAGAAUAAGGCCCCUCCUUGUGGGGGCGAUGAACUUUGUCCUUACCUGUGUGUUCUCAGAGGGGAAGGAGUGCAGCAGAGAGAACCACAGAGAAAAGCAGUGUCACAGAACUGUAAAUGUGAUGUAUAGACACAGACAUACUGUACAUCUCACUAUGUUUUCGUCCUCAAGAAAAUAUUUUCCACCUCCUACCUUACUGUAAUUUUCUUUUUGUUAGAAAAAACGCAAGUAAAAAAAACCCGAAAACAUCUAUAUGAGAACAAAUUUUCUGGUAACUGCCCUUGGGGAAGAGGGAAUUUUGUUUCCUGUAAAUAUAUUCUUUAUCUUGUUGUUGCAUUGCUAUGCAAGCCUAAUUCAGUUUGAGCUUUUUAUUUCCAUAUACAGGAACAGUUGGGUUUUAUCUGGUUAUUUGUAUUAUAUGUGAAUUGAGUGGCUGUUUCGCCAUAAAAUAAUUGUUUUAUAAUCCAUUGUUUGUUGAUAGUUACCAUUAAUUAUUAUCAUUAUUAUUAUUAAUUAUUGUUUUUGCACUGCAAUUUUUGGUGAUAAGCACAAAACAUAGCUCCUGCUGACAUGAAGAACCGGAAGAAUAUGUGAAGAGGAGUUUCUGUACUGUAAAGUAAAGAGAAGAAAAUUAUAUACUAAUGUACAGAGAGAUAUUAAAGAGUAAUGCUUUGCUCGCAGACAGCAACAAAUAAGGCGCCCAUUUCCAUAGUCGAGACAAAUUGGGUGGCAGACACACAAGGUUUCUGAAGGGCAGAAAUGAGGCCGGAAUUAGACAAAGGAUGCUGUAUUGUUGCAGGUGACUGAGUUGGUUAUUUAAUUCCUAAUUAACUGUCCUACAGUGAUAGUUUGGUGUUAGAAAAGGUUAAUCCUCAGUGUUUUGAGCAACUCCAGGCAUUGUCUUGUUUUCAGAAAGGGACUGAAUGAGUGCAGUUUCUUCAUUUUAUACAAGGGUCUCCAAGCAUUUCAAGUUUUUUUUAUGAUUUACUGCCUAAGUAAUUUUACUACACUGAGUUUACGCUCCUCUUUUAGCACACGUACAAUAAAACCAGUCAAAAGCAAGGAGGAGUCGGUAAAAUCUGUCUGCAUGCUGCAGUCCAGUCAAAGCACUUACAGAGGCAGAUUUGUGAUUCUUCUAAGGCCUUAAAAGGUAGAAAACACAAACAAAGGAGUAUCUACUGUGAUUAGUGGUAGCGAUACUCCUAAACCUACCUGGAAUAUCAGUGGAGCAACACAAUUUGUUUACAUCUUUUAGGAUUUUUUUUCUUUUUUUUAAGUACCAACCAUUUUAUAAAAUGAUGUUUGCUUUUAAGAGCACUUACUGUUUUAUGUUUGUUAUAUUAUCUGUGGUACAUCCAUGAAAACACAGUGACCUGUGGGUUCCAGCUAAGUGCUGUUAAAUUAGGCGAUCUAUUGAAGCCAUUGUUGCUGUAAAGGUUGGUGCCUCAGUUACCAAUACACUACUAUCAGCCCAGUCUUUAGUCAGUAACGCUGAGGGAAAAAAAGAAUAGUGUGUGUAAGAUUUACAAUGUAGCUUUGAGUCAGAGUGAUAUCGGAGAAAGGCCUUGUAUAUUAACUAGCAGGUCCCACUGCCUCCAUGUCUACAGUGUGGAGCGGAACACUUUCUAUCUGCCUGACUGCCACUAAACACACACUUAUCUGCCGCUUUCGACUUCUCAGCCUCUGAUUCUCAAUUUUUUUGUCCUUUCAAAAGAUGUUUUUAUUGGUUGUCCUUUUUUUAAAUGAGAAGCUUGUUUCUUUGUAUGCCUUUUAUGGACUCCAAAACGCUGCUUACAACAAUGUUUUCAAUAUUAAUGUUCAGGAUUUUUGUGGUUCAAUGACUGUUUGUUUUGUCUUUUUUUGUACUGCUAAUGUUGAUUAAAAAAGGGGGGGCGGGAAACUAAAGGCCAUCAGAUGCUGUUGUACUGUUGUCGUCAUGCCAUCGUCAUUUUUUUUAACCAUCCACCCAGUGGCCAGUGUUCUGGAAAUGAGGUGCAAAGAGUAUCUCAGGUUAUUUUACAUUCUGGUGGUGUUUAUGUAUGUGUAUAUAUGUGUAUAUAUCCAUACGCAUCUCCACUUGAUUAUGCCAUUCCAUUUUCAUUGACAAGAUUAUCCCUCUCAUGUCCGAUUCUGUCGUCCCCUCUUCUUUUCUGCUGUGGAUUUUGAUUCUGAGUAUAAUGUGCUGGUUCAUCCACCUUAAGACAAGAUGUCAGUAAAAGAACAUACCAAAUUAAGAUUGAUAUUUCUAAUGUCUAAUGCGUUUUAGUGUCUCUUUAAUACUCAUUGUUUUCUUUUAAAUCACAGUGUCGUUUUGUAUUUAUUAAAAUGAUAAUAAAAGUAUAUUGUGAAAUAUGCAUAAAGAUUCGUGAGAUAUAAAAUGUGUUUUUUUGUUCCUUGUAAAGUUUGGUGUCGGAGCCGAGCAGAGAGGCCGUAAGGAGAUGAUAGGCUCGCUGUGCUCACAGCACGGUGAAGUGCCGGGUCAGUAGUCGUCCGAGUCACUCUUCGUCUUGCAUGUUCACUGCACUGCUCUUCUCAUGUCAAAACUAAAGAAACGUGAAACCUUUUCAACACAACGAGUAAAAAUACUCACAAUUUGCUUGUCAAGACAAUAGAGAAAACGUCUUUUUGGAAGGAUGAAAGUGCUUUCCCUCUCUUUUGUUCAUUUUCUCAAUAUUGUUGGUUCUUUGUAGCCUAUCUGUGUGUUGCCUUUUUGCUAUAAAAGAGGAUUAAAAAUGACAAAAAGAGAAAGUUGUUGGGUGAAGUCUUUCUGUACAGUCCGGGGUGCGGUGACACUCCGAUCCAAUGCCAUUUCUACAGUACAGUACAUUCUCCUUUUUUUCUGUAAACCACCUUCUGUAUUCACUUGCAUGUCCUUGUCCAAGCAGAGAGUGGAUCAAGAAAAUAAACUUUUACAGUCUCAUUCCCAUGUCCUGUAAGAUAAAUCCAUGUUCUUUUAUUUCCUUGUACCUGGAUCAAUAUCAAAUAAAAUAUUUUUGAAAAAUGUAA